AUGGAUAUCGCGUACGACCACAUCCAGGAGGAAAUUCUCACCUCUAAGCAGGAGGAAAGUUCCUCCUCCUCCAACACCGAAUCCGGCACCCAAAACACUAGCCACGAUCUCAACACCGAGCUGCAAGAGACCUUUCGCGCUUUCUCCGCCAGUCCGUGGGGCAGCCGAAUCGGCGGUCUUUGGGACAAUGUUCGCAAGCAAGGCGAGACCUACUAUGAGGGAGCUCGCCAGGAAUAUGCCUCAGCUAGCGAGGAAGCAGUGAAGGGAUUCUCAAGCUUGAGGGACACAAUCGUUGACCAAACAAAGGGGCUUUCCCUCAACACCGCAGCUAUGGUUUCGAGCGAUGAAUCACCGAACGACGAAGCGACUACACCCAAAGCCACGACCGCAAAGGAGGACGAGCAUAAGGAGGACACUGAGGCAGGCAGCUCGAGUGGAGAGGGAUUCAUGUCUCGGUUCAAGGCCGAGGCCGCCCGACGACUCAAGGAGAUCGAAAAAGCUGAGGAAGCGGCUGAUGAAGCGAUCCUGCGAUUCGGAAUGAAUAUUGGCCAAAAGCUGCGCGAAGCUGUGAGCAUUGUGCCACCUGAGUCGGAUGAGUCGGGCAAGCUUUUGUUCGAAAGCAAGGAUGCCGAUGGCAAGCGAGUCAUUCAUGCGACCCGAUUCGAAGCCCAACUGCACGUCAUUCAUUCGAAUCUCGACAGUUUCACCAAGGAACCUGUUAGUGACAAGUUCCCGGAAUUCAAAAAGGAGUUCAAUGUCGAGAGCAAGACCGACGAGAUCGCCGCCGACCUCGAAAAGUACCCGGAGCUGCGCGCGGCCAUGGAGAAGCUCGUCCCUGAGACGGUCGAGUAUGCUGAUUUCUGGACCCGCUACUAUUUCUUGCGCUUGGUUAUUGAGACCGAGGAGAAGAAGCGCAAGGAGCUUCUGAAAGGUGCUACUGCUGAAGAAGAAGAGGAAGUCGGCUGGGACGACGAUUCUGAUUCUGAAUCUCAGUCCCCAUCCACUCCGCAAGUCCGUCCUGGCUCCCAGAACCCCGCUGCUAGCAAGGAUGCGGAUACCCCAAAGGCCGAGCCUCGCAAGUCCAACGACCAGCAGUCCCAAGCAGGAAGCGAAUCGAGCUACGAUGUCGUGAGCGGAGCCACCACCCGCAACCCCGGUAGUCCCAAAGAGAAGAGCCCAACCACUGAUUCCAAGGCCGACGAUAGUGACGAGGACUGGGAAUAA